AUCUCUGACAUCUUUCUACCCCCCUAAAAGAGCCCCCGCCGCAGAGCCCAGGGUGCCGAGUAUCUCCCGCACCGGAGGGACCCGCCCCGCAGUCACCCACCUCCUUCCCCACACCCACCGCCACACGCCCCGAUCUCCGCCGCCGGGAAGCCGAGCUCAGAGACACCCGCCGCAAACCUCCUGCCACCCGCGCCCUCGCCACCAUGAGCACGGCCACCGGCACCCAACCGACCCCCGCGGCAGAGACCCCCAAACACGACGAGGGCGUCACCUCAGCCAAGGCCUUUUAUGACAGCCUGGCAUCCAAGAAGAGGCCGAAACUGCCGAAGCCGCAGAACGCAGUGACCAUCGCCGUCUCCUCCAGGGUUCUGUUUAACAUGUCGGAGGACCGGAAAAUGUACGAGGAGGAAGGGGUGGAAAAAUACGUGCAGCACCAACAAACACACGAAGAGGAGCCCCUGAAAACGGGGCCCGCGUUCCCCUUCGUGAAGGCUGUAGAAGAGGUUAAUAAGCAGCUACGGGCUCUCUAUCCCGAUAGCGAGGAGCUCUUUGAUAUCGUCCUGAUGACCAACAACCAUGCCCAGGUUGGGGUCAGGCUUAUAAACAGCAUCAAUCACUAUGAUCUGAAUAUCGAGCGUUUCUGCAUGACGGGCGGUAAAAGUCCAAUUGGAUACCUCAAGGCCUACUUGACCAAUCUGUACCUGUCGGCAGACUCGGAGAAGGUCCAGGAAGCCAUUGCAGAAGGUAUUGCAGCCGCCACCAUGUUUAUUGCCAAGAAGGAUCUGGUCCUGUCGGAGAAGCAGCUGAGAGUAGCGUUCGACGGGGAUGCUGUUUUGUUUUCCGAUGAAUCGGAGCAGAUUGUAAAAGAAAAGGGACUAGACUCGUUUUUUGAACACGAGAAGAAAUUUGAGAACAAGCCUCUGGCACAGGGACCGUUGAAAUGCUUUCUGGAAUCCUUGGGUAAACUUCAGAGGAAAUUCCAUGCCAAGGGCGCACGUCUAAAUUGCCCAAUCAGGACCUACCUCGUGACAGCCCGGAGUGCAGCUAGCUCAGGAGCCAGGGCCCUGAAGACCUUGCGCAGCUGGGGUUUGGAGGUCGAUGAAGCCCUGUUUCUAGCAGGUGCUCCAAAGGGUCCCAUCUUGGAGAAGAUCAAGCCUCACCUUUUCUUUGACGACCAGAUGUUCCACAUCGAGGGGGCUCAAGAACUGGGCACCAUCGCAGCGCACGUGCCUUACGGGGUCGGUCAGAAGUACCAUAAAUCAACUUUAAAGGAGGCUGAGAAAAAAUAAAAGGGGCUGCCUACUUAUCACGAAGUGUUCUAAAACCAAA